AUGGCUAAUGUGCAGAGUUAUGCCUCAGAUGUAGUGUCAAACAAAGGGAAUGGGCAUGUUGAUCAAAGUGAUGAGCCAAGGAUCACAUUAACAAAGGAACAGUAUGGACACAUGAUGAGUCUGCUGCAGCAAUUCCAAGGAGCAAAUCUGACUGAAAAUGGGAACAAUAGCAACAAUCCAAAUGCUGGGAAUGGCAAUCUGAACUUUGCAGGUGCCCCUUCAACGAAGAGGCCUCAGGAAGUUGGUAGGCCAAAGAUGGGCUAUAUCUCUUAUGCUCCAAGUGCUUGGAGAGCAGCAGUUGUUCUAACUCCAACAAGUCAAGUAGAAGUUGUUCACAUCCUUGUUUGUCUUCUUUUAUUCCUAGUCAUGGUUCUAGUUCUUAUAGUCACAUUGCACAAGGUCACACACACUCCACUACAGAUAACAUUCUUCAUGGGAAUAACUGCUGUUCUAAUCUUAUUGUAAAUAUUGUCAGUUCUGGUAAUGAAAUUUGUUUAGUUUCUGUUC